ACUGCAGCGUGACGUUGGCGUCAAAUGACUUGAGGUGGAAACAAGGCGAAGGAGAAGCGGAGCGGAGCGGAGUGAAGUGAGCGGGAGGGCGGACGGACGGACAGCGAGUGAUCAGGGCGACGAGCACAGGGGGGAGACACACCGAGAGGCAGCGGGAAGCCGAGCGAGGUGCGGACUAUAAAAUUUCAAAAUGAAUGGUUGCCGUGUUUUCAUUGGUCGCCUGAGCCCUCAGGUGAGGGAACGUGAUGUGGAAAAGUUCUUCAAAGGCUAUGGACGUAUUCGUGAAAUUGACCUGAAGAGAGGGUUUGGGUUUGUGGAAUUUGAUGAUGCUCGGGAUGCUGAUGAUGCAGUUUAUGAGCUCAAUGGGAAGGAACUGUUCCGGGAGCGGAUCACUGUGGAACUUGCAAAGGCACCACCCCGGAGAGGAGGGGGCAGAUUUGGUGGAAGGUUUAAUUACUAUCGCCCCAGAAGUGAACGAAGCAGUGGACUAAGAUAUGGGCCUCCAGUUCGCACUGACUAUCGCCUGAUUGUGAAGAAUCUCUCUUCCCGUGUUAGUUGGCAGGAUCUGAAGGACAUCAUGCGACAGGCUGGUGAAGUGACCUUCACUGAUGCUCAUAGAGUCCACAAUAAUGAAGGCAUUGUGGAGUUCGCUUCUUACAGUGAUCUGAAAAAUGCAAUUGAUAAACUGGAUGGAAAAGAGAUCAGUGGGCGAAGGGUCCAACUGAUUGAGGAACCACGACGCCACAGAUCUUGGACUAGAUCCCGUUCCAGAAGCUCUUCGAGAUCCCGCAGCUACAAGGGUUCCAGAAGUGCUUCAAGAUCUGUAAGCCGUUCACCAAGCCGCAGCAGGUCUCGCUCUCGUAGCAGAUCACCUGCCCGUGAUACCAAGCGGCAGAGGAAUGAAUCCCGCUCCCCAAGCCGCUCACCAGAGGUCAAGCGCCGCAGGAAGCCAACCCAGUCGAGAUCACGAUCAAAUUCUCCUGGUAAAUCGGCUCGUUCCUGGUCUGGCUCUCGGGAGCAAUCCCCUGUCAACAGUGCAGAGUAAACACCGUGUUGUGGAAUUGUUUUUAUAAUUUGCUAAAAGAUUUUCUAUGAAAUGUUGGCCUCAUCAUUUUUUUUUCCUGUCUGUUGCUGGGUUUGGGGUUUAAGUACUUCAAUUUUAUUUCAUGCAAACGCUUUGAACCUUAUGAUCCUAUUCAAUACAGACAUCUGGUUUAAAGUCAUGUGUUUCUUAGAAUAAUUUGAGAAGAAUUGAUUAUCAUUUGACUAGUAUUGUUGAAACAUUGCUGUACCAUACUGGUAGGCCCAUUAGACUAGUCUGAGGGCUUCAGUCAAACAACAUUUAACAAUGUUCUGACAUUGAUAGUUGAGCAGCUGACAAGUCGGUGUCUGGACAAUUUAUGGUGUUUCCUAGCACUUGCAUGAACAUGGAGUUUUGAAUUUAAAAAAUAGAGGAUGUGACGGAUGAAUUUGAGUACCCCUGUUAUAGAACAUAAAAUUGAGGUUUGUAGUUUGGUGCCCCAACUAAUUGGCCAGUCUGGAAUGUUCGGUUCAAAGGGAAUGGGCCGGUUUAAAAAGUGCUUCCAUUCAUUGCAACAACUGCUGAAGACCAAAAGCAUUUUAACUCCCAAACUGCGUGCAUCUUAACCCAGAUCAAGAUGCUGUUUUCCCCACUCGAGACAAUAUUUUGCUUUAUACAAAAUGGCCGAAACUUGCCCUUCAAGGGGCUGGUGGAAGUUAAAAUAGUCAAAUGUUUAUUAGGAAACCUUUCAAGUUGGGUCAUUACCUUUUUUUUUAUUUUGAAUUGCUACUGGUUCCAAGACAAUUUUUUUUGUUAAACCUUUUUUUUUCCUCUCCUAGUUAUAAAGCAGUGAUUUAGUACUGUUGGGUUUCAGUAGCACAUUCACAUCCUGCCUUUAGAGAACUCUGCCCUGCUUGCACUUGUAAUUUGCUUUUAACUUGAAGCCUUGAUGUGUGGCUGCAGAGUAGAUUAGGUUUCUCACCUGCUGAGUGGAAGGAAUCUGAAGAGCACCAAGACCUGAUCAUGUGGGGGAGGGCAGGUGCUGGAGGAAAGCAGGGAAAAAUGUAUAUAUAGUUUUUGGUUCACAUGUUAAUAAUUCAUGCUUUAUUUGGUUCCUUUCACAUUGUUUUAAAGUAUAUAUAAAGUUAUAUUUAACUUGACCCAUCCUCUAACUGGUUGUUAGAGAACCAACCUGGAAUGUUGCUCUGCAUUGGAACUGAAUUUGAAGGAACAAUGUACACCAAUUUAGAUGUUUGUACUUAACAAUUUUAUACAAAAACUAUAAAUCUCAAUGUUCCAUGUACCUUUACUGUAAUCUGCUAGUUUAUAGUCUAUUGUGUACUACAUACAGGCUGUGUAUCGCUAUCAUUCCUUGCAGCAAGAAAUGGUACUGCAUUAAAAAAACUAGUUAUCAGUGA